GCUAGACUGGCGCAAAUUGUGCGUAAUAAGCGUCGGGUGUGCACACUGUGCAAGGUGGGUGUGAUAGAAAACAUUUGUCAACGGGUCGGACUUAUUUGACAUUUGUAAAAAAGCACCAUUUCAAGAUGGCCACCCCUGAAGACAUUCAGGUCAAAGAGCUGGACAAGCGCGCCUCUGGUCAGGCCUUCGAGGUUCUCCUGGGCGCGCCGGCCCCGGACGCCAAGGGAGACUUCCCCUUGGCUGCGCCGAAGAAGAAGGACGUCUCCCUGGAGGAAAUUCAGAGGAAGCUGGACGCCGCGGAUGAAAGACGCAAGAACCAUGAAGCUGAGGUCCUGAAGCAUCUGGCUGAGAAGCGUGAGCAUGAAAAGGAGGUGCAGCAGAAGGCCAUGGAAGAGAACAACAACUUUAGCAAGAUGGCGGAGGAGAAGCUCCAACAAAAGAUGGAGGCCAACAAAGGCAACCGCACAGCUAUCAUGGCAGCAAUGAAUGAAAAGUUCAAAGAGAAAGACAAAAAAUUGGAAGAGGUGCGAAAAAACAAGGAAAGCAAUCCCGGCAACGCGGACGAAGACGCCUCAGAAAACUGACUUGCGAAAAAACAUUUGUCAUUUGGAUAUUCUAUUUGUUUUGGUAAGCCAGUAUUUGUGUGCACUUCUCACUCGAAGUAGGAAAACAUCUGUUUUGUGAUUUUUCUUAUUCAUUUAAAAAAAAAGAAAAGUUUUUCAAGCUUGAUGUGUGUCCGCUCCACACCACCUUAGCAACAUGUUAGUACAUGUUUAGGUCCCCAGAAGCUUCUGUGUGGUUAAACCUAAUUAUUGCUGUGACUUGUGUUUCUCUUUGAGGCUGCAGAUCCAAUUUUAUUCUUCCCAUAAAAACCUUAUUUUACACGUCGAGCAUGUAAACGUACAGCCGCGUUUCAUGAACUACUUGUGAAAAGGAAUCAAAAACCUUGACGUAGUAUAUCAGUUGAUUAGUCGUACUUAAAACAACGCAAAGGCAGCGUUUUCCUCGUACUUCACUUCAUUGCCGAGUGUUGCCAAAUAAAUGUUAACCUGCCCUAUGUAAUCACUCACUGUUAACUGCACAAUUUCAACGUUUGAAAUAAACUCUUUGCACUUA